AGUUGGUAGUGGUUACAUUUGUAACUUAAAAUUUAAAUAGAAAACGGUUAAUAAAUUUUUUAUUAAGGUAAAUGCGUAUAAGCAUAUACUACGAUCCUCACAGAUGUAAUAACGUGGAACAGAAUGACAAGUUUUGAGGGACGUGUUGAAGAACUGAGAAAUGUUUCAAUAGAUUGUUUUGAAAAUAGUAAUAUCUAUUCUACAACUUUUUUCUUAACACACUGUCACACAGAUCAUAUGAAAGGUCUCAGAUCGUAUAUCUUUCUGAAACGCCUUGCUGAUGAAACAAAUGUGCAUCUGUACUGUAGUGAGAUUACAGCCCACAUUUUGGCAACAGAAAACACUUUUGCUGAAGUUGUGCAUAAGAUAAGAGUGUUGCCUGUCGGUGUUUCAACCAUUGUGAAUAUACCAAGUCACACUGGCCCAGCAGAAGAUAUAACUGUAACUCUGAUACCAACUGGACACUGUCCUGGUGCAGUCAUGUUCUUGUUUGAAGGAGAAAUGGGGCGGAUCCUCUACAGUGGAGAUUUCCGUCUUUGUGAAGGAGAUGUGUCUCGUCUUCGUCAGUUGCACUAUUUAGAUGGAACAGUGAAAGCAAUUGACAAGUUGUAUCUGGACACCACGUUCCUGAGUCGUCAGUAUCUGCAGUUCCCUUCGAGACAUUCCAGCAUAUCCAUUCUCUGUAGUCACAUCAGCUCAUGGCUUCAGGAGGAACCAGAUAAUGCCAUUUAUAUUGAGAUGCCUGCAAAUUAUGGAUCAGAAGCUGUGUUCAUAGAAGUGGCCAAGUGUCUUGGGAUGAAGGUACAUGUGAAGGACAGGGCUUAUAAUAUAUAUAAGAAUAUAGCAGAGAUUCGAGAGGCUGUGACAGAUGAUCCAUGCUGCACGAGAAUCCAUGCUUGUUUACCCUGUGGUCAUAAAUUCCUAACAGGUGAUAAGACAACCAUGUUACCUUGCCAGGGUAAAUUAAUGAAGUUGCGAAUUAUAAGACUCUGUGCUAUGUCCUUUACGUCUAAAGUGUAUGAUGGAUCAUUGGAGUCUGCAGUGUUACAGUCUGCUUGUAAGGAGCUUUUCAGAAUCUGCUAUUCUAGCCACUGUUCAUACAGGGAGCUGGAACACUUCGUCCAGUAUCUUAAGCCCAGACAAAUAGAAGCUUGUGUUAUUCCACGAAAUAUGGAAGUGGCAGAUAUCUUGCAGUUGUUGAGAGAGAUCAGUCGCGGGGGAAAUGGCUAUAUAGAUCUGCCAGUGUUGACAGUGUCCAGCAGGAAAGUCACCAGAAAUGGGGUGUCAACAGAUGUGAAAACAUUCUUUAGCUCAAGACAUACAGAACAACAAAACACAAUUACAUCUCAUAAUGAGACUAAUAUGAAAGAGGCAAGUCAGUGUAACAUGCAAAAUGAGGAGGGUUAUGUUGAUUCUGAAAUUUGUAGACUAAUUGCAGAAGAUCUUAAACCGAAAAUAGGUGAUCACGAUGUAGAUGUCCGUCACAGAAUAUCACAGGCAUUUCUAGAAACUGCAGCUGCAUUGAACAAGCCAGCAGUAAGAAAGAAUUGUUAACUGGGACAGGGAGACACAUUGUUGUCUGAUAGGAGUACUGUAGGAAUGGGUUGAGAAAUGCCAGCAAUUUUAAAGCCCUUUAUUACAUAUUUUAUAUUUAAGUUUUGUGUAGGACUGGGAACACAUAAAGUUUCUUUCCUGUUUUUAUGGUAAGGUCACUUUAUAUGGCUCUUUUAAUUGUUACAUGCACGUGGUUCCAUUAAGUCACAGGUAUUGGGAUGAAAUUUCAUUAAAUUAUUAAUAUACUUAGUUUUUGUUAUUUUACAGUACUGUAUAACUUUACAAUACAGUAACCAAUCACAUAUGCUGUUAUGUUCCCUCAUUGUUUUGUUGCAGCUAUGACAGUUGUAGUAAUGAAGUCAAAACAGUUUUUUAUAAUGGGCAUAUAAGUUUUGGAAAAGACUAGUUUGGUUAGGUUAAUACAUAAAUAAUUUUUUUUGCCAGUACAUAAUAUCUUGUGAAGGAAUGUUGGAAAUGCUUCUUAUGUCUGAUGUCAGAUAAUACUAUUUGUUAUAUUUCAUGAAGUUAUUAAGAUCGAAGUUAUACAAGCGGCCUAAUUAAAUAGGAUUGUCUGAAUAUUUAACAGAGUUUGAUGGGCCAGUGAUCAGUUUGACACUUUUACUAUGGUGUGAACUUGGGUGACCAUCAAGUGGAGAGGGUUAACUAGGUACUGUAUUUGGAGCAUAAAACACUAUCCUGCCUGUCUCUGGAUUUCCAUGAAAUUUAGAUUGUGGGCUUUAAUCAAAAUAUUGGCAGAUUUACUGUUGAUCCAUAUUGGAUAAUCUGAACUCCUACUUUAUAUGGACCUCUAACCUUAGGAUACAAAAUAUUUUUAAAUGAUAAUACGUAGGUAAGUCAGUAAUUAUCCACAAUGUAGCUAUAAAUUUUAUUUCAAUACAAACAGAAAACUUACAUUAACAUAAUUAUUCAACAUAGUCCCCUUGCUUUUCAACACACUUGGUCCAUCAUUGCACAAGCUUCCUGAUGCCCUCAGAAAAGAAGGUUUUUGGCUGAGCAGCGAGCCACGCAUGCACUACUUCCUUCACAUUUUGGUCCGAGGUAAAUCGACGGCCCCUUAAUGCCUCUUUGAGUGGACCAAAACAAGUGGUAGUCAGAAGGGGCAAGAUCAGGACUAUACAGAGGAUCAGCCAUUACAUCAAACUUGAGUUUCCGGAGGGUUUCAGCAGUGUGGGCAGCAGUAUGUGGACGGGCAUUCUCGUGCAACAACACAACACCUUUUGACGGUAGUCCUCGGCGUUUGCUUCGAAUUGCAGGCUUUAGCCUGUCAGUAAGCAUCUCACUGUAACGAGCACUGUUUAUUGUUGUGCCCCUCUCCUGAUAAUGUUCCAGUACUGGGCCUUGUGAGUCCCAAAAACUGUAAGCAUCAGUUUUUCUGCAGAUGGUUGGCUUUUGAACUUUUUUUGCUGCGCGAUUGUGGAUGUUUCCAUUCCAUACUCUGCUGUUUACUCUCCGGCUCACAAUGAUGGAUCCAUGUUUCGUCACCAGUGAUGAUUCUGUCUAAGAAGACGUCACGUUCGUUACCAUAGCGAUCCAAAUGUUGUUGGCAGAUGUCCAAGUGCGUUUGUUUAUGCAACACUGUGAGUUGUUCUGGGGCCCAUCUUGCACAGACUUUAUGAAACCCACGUCUGUUGUGGAUGAUUUUAUAGGCAGAACCAUGACUAAUUUGCAGACGAUUUGCCACUUCGUCAAUAGUCACUCGUCUGUCUAACAAAACCAUGUCAUGUGCACGCUCAAUGUUGUCCUCAUUUGUGGCCGUGGAUGGUCGUCCGGCUCCUUCCUCAUGCGUAACACUUGUGCGACCAUUUUUGAAUUUUUCAAUCCAUUCGUAGACACUCCAUUGCGGCAAGACACUGUUCCCAUACUGUGCUGAAAGUCUUUGAUGGAUUGUGGCCCCUGAUACACCUUCCGACCACAAAACCGGAUCACUGAACAUUGCUCUUCUUUAGUGCAAACAGAAAGCGGAGCAGCCAUGAUAAACGGCAAGGCAGCGACGAUGGAACUGACCUAGCAACAUCAAACCUGUGUAGAAAUAGUGACAAAGGAACCACACAUGAUGCUGCGCAAAACGACAGAGCUGGCAACAGAAACACAAAUACAACUGCAUUGCGGAUAAUUAUUGACUUCCCCUCGUAUUUUGAGUUUCAACUUUCUCUGCUCAUGUCUGAUUAGCUGAACUUUCUUACACAUGUUUAUGGGAGAGUCUGUGCCCUAGAGCACAGAGGAUGUGAUGACAAGAUGUGGUAGGAUGGGAGCACGAUCUGUGUGCUGGAGCUGUGGGGAGCCAGGGUGCUUCCAGGGUAACUGCCUCUGCAGGAGGGAGGCAGAAAACAACAACUGGCAUGGGAAACAAGAUGAAAGACCUCCAAGAGACAUGGGAACUGGCAAGAAGGUCCAAAUGGCGACCAAGAAACCAUAGAGAGACAGACAGGAGGGGUGGCAACUGUCAGAAAAGGAGUAGGUGCUGGCGGAAAAGGGGGGAUGCUGGCUUAAGCAUUAAGGCCCUCUCUAACACAUGCUGAAUUGUCAUGGAAAGGGCCAACCCUAGCCUAGUCCCACAGGGCUGGGUUGGUGACAAACCAUAUCUUGUAACUGUUGACACCUGGGUGUUUGUGACUGUAGUGAGGCCCGUCAUUGCCGCAGGAUGGUGUGAAAGACAGUCAAACCAAAGUGACAUGCUGCAGAUGGUAUCUCGGGAAGAGCUCCCUAUUGUGGAGGAAGUUUCGCUGACACCCUGGGGCGGCAUCCACCAAGAAUUUUGGUAUUUGUUGCAAUAUUGCAAAUGAAUGCAUCAUGGGCUAGACAUUCUGCACACAUAUGAUGCAUUUGUGGACCUAGGGCACCAAAUGCUGUAUCUUGCAGGUAUCGCUGUGGAGCCCCAGGGUAGAACCAGCCUUCCAGCCUGGUAGUGGCCAGUGAUCAAAUGAUAAUCUGUACAAUGUGAGGAAGUGGUGAUGGGUAAAAUCCUGGUCCAAGACUGCUGGGAGGUACUCAUGAGGGUUCUGAAUGCUACCUGUCAUGACCAGAAAUUCAUGAAAGGAUUCCCUCUGGCACAUUGUGAGCCAGUCACACUUGUAACCCUACCCGGUGUGGAAGAACCACAUGUCUGUGUUACUACCCAGAAGUUACAGCAUGUGAUUACAGAGACCAGGCCGAACCUGAGUGAUGCUGAAUCCCGAGAGCUGGAAGAGCUCCUCACAGAGUAUGGAGACAUCUUUGUUAGGACAGCAAUGAAUAUGGACAGACUGACAGUGUAGCACUGAAUAGAUAAGGAAGAGGCUUGACCAAUUCGCUAACAGCCACGGAGACUCACCCUGGCAAAAGAGGCGGAUGUGGGCGAGAUGCUUGAAGACAUGCAACAACGUGAGGUUAUUUAACAGACAGGCCCUGGUCAUCCUCUAUUGUUCUUAUCCAGAAAAAACAGGGACAUGUGCUUCUGUGUAGACUACAGGAAACUAAACAGUAUCACAAGGAAGGACUGUUUCGCACUAUCACAGAUUGAUGACACUCUGGACACCCGGGCUGGAGCCAAAUGGUUCCCCACUCUUGACCUGAAGAGCGGGUAUUGGCAAAUGGAUUGACACCAGCACCACAAGGAGGAGACUACAUUCUCUAUGGGUCAAGGGCUGUGGCAAGUUCACAGUCAUGCCCUUUGGCCUCUGCUUUGCUCUGGCAACAUUUGAAAGGUUGAUGGAGACAGUCUUACAAGGCCUCGUCUUGUGUACCUGGACAGUGUGAUUGUGAUUGGCCAUACAUUCCAAAAGCACCUGCUUAACCUGUGGAGUUGUUCCAGCUUUUCCCUGAAGCUCACAGAGCUGAAUCUGGAGAAGUGCCAACUCUUUCAGAAGGAAGUACAGUACCUUGGGCAUAUUAUGUCACCCAAGGGGAGAACCACUGACCCUGAGGAGCUGAAAGCCAUAUGGAAAUGGCUGACCCCGAAGAAUAAGCACGAAAUUAGAAGAUUCUUGGGCCUCUGCACGUAUUACAGACAAUUUAUUUCUGGUUUAAGAAUGAAGGAUCUGUUAAAAUGAAACAGAGACCAAAUAAGAUAGGUGAUAGGACUAUUUACAGGAAACUGUCACCUAAAAGGACACCUUUUCAAACUGGGAUUGACAAAUGACCCCACUUGAGGACAGUACCUGGAAAAAGUUGAAUCAGCCCCACACAUCCUAUGUGAUUGUAAGGCCAUAGCUUAUUUAAGAUUUUGUCACUUGGGCCAGUUUUUUAUAGAACCAAGGGACUACUAUGAUGCCACCAUAAACAAAGUCUUACAUUUCAUCUGAAGUGUAGGAAUGAUAUAGGGUUAAUCAAAAAGGGUAAGCACAAUAGAUAUUGAAGGUUGCAUUGUAAAGGCCAGAUUAUUAUGGCAUGCCUCUUAUGCAUUCAUUCAUAUUUCUAGUUUUGUCAACAUUGCAAUACUGCUGACCAAACUUAUGUAGGAGAAUCAGUGUACUCAGAAGUGGAGACCACCUUCCAAACACUAAAGAAGGCACUUUUUACUGCUCCUAUUCCUUUUAGCCGCAGCCAAGAGAGAGAGGUAUGUCAUGGACACAGCAACAAGAAACGUUGGGAUCGGAGGAGUGCUCUCCCAAGUACAGAAUGGAUAGGAGCAAUUAGUAGCCUGUUACAGUAAGAUGCUGAACAAGAAUAAGAGAAAUUACUGCGUCACCAGACGAGAACUACUUAUGGUAGUGAGGACACGAAAAUUUUCAUAAGUACCUCUAUGGACAAGAGUUCCACCUGCGUACCAACCACUCUGAAUUAGCCUGGUUCAUGAAUUUUAAGAAACUUGAGGGACAAACUGCCUGCUGGAUUCAGCGCUUACAAGAACACAGCUUCACUUAUGAGCACUAUCAAGGCUGAAAACACCAUAAUUCUGGUGCCCUUCGAUGACGCGCAUACCAAAAAUGAGUUUACCUACUGCCAAAAAGUCGAGGCAUUGGCAGACAUCAAGCAGGUAUGAACCACAGUAGCUGCAGCUGGCUGGGAUCUAGCCACUCAGAACAGAACAACAGAAUGACCAGACAUAGAGCCCAUUCUGGAGGAAGUAGAGACUGGGCAGCACCCAGAAUGGAAAGACAUCGCUAACCACAGCCCCACGUACAGAAGAUACUGGGCCCAAUGGAAAUCUGUCACAGUGAGGAAUGGCUUAUUAGAACACCACUGUUAAUCUGCUGAUGGACAAUCUAAAAUAGCCCAGAUAAUUCUCCCUCAGCAGAGUGAACAGUGUGCUGAAUGAACUACAUGGUAGACCAUCAGGAGGUCCCUUGGGUGUCAACAAGACCCUCAGAAAGGUCCAGCAAAGCGGCCUCCGUAGUCUAGAGGUAACGUUCCCACCUCAUGACUCGUGGUACGUGGGUUCAAACCUGGCG